GUCACCUCUAAAUUCUUUCUGUAAAUAUUUGAACUGCAAGCACCGAGCCGGUGGCUGGGAAGGCAAGAUGUCGGCAUAGCUGAUUGACGUUGAUAUACGGCUGUGUCACAUCGAGCCAGCUCAAUCCACCGGCGUUCUACGCUCGAAGAAAUUGCACCGAAGAAAGAAGCCCGUGGACGCUCCCGUAACGACUCGGAUUGACUCGGAGAAAUUGAUCGCUCCCGUUGGAAGAAAAAAAGCUUUUGACAGCUGUCACUGCGCUCGCUCGCUCGAGUUUUCUUGGCGAACGUGUGGGACGGGAUUUGAGGGAAAAUUUUAUUUAUAUCACACACGACGAUGUUCCCGUAGAGUGUGACCGGCUGUGUAGUGACGAAAACGAUACGAAUAAUACGACGAGAUGGCGAACGAGGAGGUUUUAGGGCCGCGGAAGACGAUGUUCGUUCUAGUGAUUGUUGUGGGUUGUUUCGCGGUGCUGUGGCCGAGGAUCUUGUCUCCGCUGCUGCUGGGCGGCACGCGGGACUCGCUGAAGCCCAACCAGUUCGACCGGGACGCAGGCUGCUGCGAAGUACUCUUCGAGACUGAAGUCCAGGUUUUAGAAGUCCUCAAUGAAGUGUGCAACUACGCCGUCAGUACUGACGGGAAACUGUCUCCUUACGCCGCGGCCGAGUGUCGGAAAGCGGUAAACGAAACUUGCGGAGUAGACAUAGCAGCUUUCCUGAAGAGAACCGAGAAUGUCGGGAAGACAACGAAGAUGCUCUUAGACACAAUGAAGUCUAGCAACAGCUCCUGCUUGAAGGAGCAUUUUGGAGUCCCUGUCAUGAGUCUCAGCACCCACAACGGGUUCAACUCUUGGACACUUGAAGACACGAUGAAACAAGAGCGCCCCCCCCUGCGCGGCGGGCCGCACCCGGCGCUGCGCGAGCGUGGCCGCGCCAUCCCCGCCGGCGCCCCGCCGCCGCCCGCGCCGCGCCCCGCGCCCCUGCCGCCGCACGUGCGGGUACGGUCCUCCCCCCUCGCCGUCUACUUUGACGUGGACAUCAAGCCGCCGCCAAUCCCGGGGAUGCGGCCACCGAUGGGCGGCGCGGGCGGCCCCGUGCCGGCCCCUAAGUCUUCCAUGGGCUUCGUCAUGCCUAUCUAUACCAUCUGCAUCAUUGUCUUCUUCGUCUACACCCUCAGCAAGAUCCUGUUCAAACGCACUGGCACCACGACGUACGAGCACAUAUCUCCUGACCCUCAGUUCAGGAGACGAGUCUUCCGAGAUGACUCCCGGCAGUCGCCUGAUAAGCUGGGGGAUUUGGAGCUGGAAGCUCUGAGGGCGCGCCUGGCGGAGACCGAGCGAGCGAUGCAGAGGAUCGUCGGGCAACUUGCAGCGCGAAACGCGGAUGUGCAGGAUAACCACGCUCGUCCGUACACUAACGGAACUGUAAUACACAGUGGCCCGGUCCAAAUUGUAGCUAGCGAGUACCGAGAACCCUCUAAAGACAAAAGCCCUGAACCCCAGAAAGAACCUACACCGGAACCCGUUCCAGAACCGAAAGAACCUUCUCCGGAAUCUAGCCCGGAACCCAAAGAAGCUAGCCCGGAACCUAAAGAAGCUAGUCCGGAACCCAAAGAAGCUAGUCCGGAACCCAAAGAAGCAAGCCCGGAAUCCAAAGAAGCUAGCCCAGAACCUAAAGAAGCUAGUCCAGAACCCAAAGAAGCUAGCCCGGAACCCAAAGAAGCAAGCCCGGAACCCAAAGAAGCAAGCCCGGAACCCAAAGAAGCUAGCCCGGAACCCAAAGAAGCUAGCCCGGAACCAAAAGAAGCUAGCCUAGAACCGAAAGAACCUGCUCCAGAACCUAAAGAACAAACUCCAGAAGUUAAGGAAGAUCAUGGAGAAAGGGAAAAGGUUCCAGAUAGAGAAACAGAAAGAGAUCCAACUGAAGAAUUGAUAAAGCUAACGGAGAAGGUUGAAGAAAAGACAGGUUCACUCGCGAAAUUGACAAACGAGUUUCUUGACGUGGAGAAGAAUAGGGUCCUGACCACUCCUGAGAAGCAAUCGACUCCUGAUCUCCUUGAAGAAGCUUUGAAAGAAGAUUCUCCGGCCAAGGAAGAAGAGGAAGAAGAGGGAGAAGUAGAAGAGGUUGAGGAAGUGGAAGAACCAGAGAAAUCCAGCGUGAAGGUGGUAGGCAUGGAGACGACGGCCCACACGGCGGACGGCGGCGCGUGGCCGCGCGACCAGGCGCCGCCGCUCACGCCGCUGCCGCCGCAGCCGCACGCGCAACCGGCUGAGGAGGUGAAGUCCAUAUUCCUGGAGACAGAGAUCCCGCAGCAGUCCCGCGUGCUGGUUGCGGACUUCGUAGACCGCGCCAACCCGCCGCACCACAGACACUCCCCGACUGUGGUGAGCGGUAAGAUGACGCUGUCGCUUAUACAGGAUGAACCGCGAGACACUCCCGAGAGAGACCUGGAAUCCACGUUUGACGACUUCACCACAGCCAGCGGAGUGACGCAGCCGGCAGCAGAGAAAGAAGACAAUCUCUCCGACGAGGAAAUAGAAGAAGAGAUAGAAGUUGAAGAAAUAGAGGAAGAAGUAGAAGUUGAAGAAGAUGAGGAAGAAGAAGAACCGCAGCCCAAGAAGGAAAAGUGAACUGAAACUAAUUAGGAGGAUUCAGUGGUUUUGAGACUAAAGAUAACUUUAUUUUAAACAGUUUUAAAAGUAGUGCCGUCCUUUUCUGACGAUAAGUCCAAGAAAGAGUUAGAGUUAGUUUUAAAACAGUUAAAUUAAAAAAAAAAAUCAGUUUGCGUCUGUCUGAAUUAGCGCCAUUUUGAGAUUAAAAUCAUAAAUCGCAUACAUUCAUAUCGUAAAGCGUGAAUUAAUGUAUCACGGGUAAUAACGGGGGUCACUUUUGAUAGGAAUUCCCAAGAUAGAUAAUGGUGUGGUGAAUCGAAAAAUAUGUAAUAGCGUCAUGACAUUUGCCAAUGGAAAAAUAAUUAAAUAGAACGAAUGAUUCAAAUAAUAUUCCCCAUUUGAAUUUGAAACUUUUUUAAAUAUUUUGUUUAUAAGCAUUUUAUUUUUAAACUCUUAAAUUUAUUUUUAAAGGGUAUAGCGAGGUAAGGAAGACGAAAUGGCCCCCAUGGCCCAUGACGGAAUUAUCAUUUGUACUGGUAUUGGCACUCUAAAAGAAUACGAAAUGUAAGGUCGUUGACCCCUGACCUUGACCUGUCUUUGAGAUAUUCGAGAAAGUUCGUACGCGCGCCGAGUUUUUUCAAUUUUUUUUUUCCGAAAAACUAUAAAAGCUAGAAGGAUGGGACCAAUUGCGUAUAAUUAGGGAUACUUUGAAAAAUAUUCUGUAUUUUUUUCAGAGUUCUGGUGAAAUGACAACUGUGCAAAAUAAUUAAACAAAAUAUAAAUAUAUUUUUUUAGUACUGUUCUAUUAUAUUUACCGCGCCAAAAAAAACAUAUAAUACUCUUUGAUUUAUAUACUUACACCACACAAAAACUGAUCAAAAUCAAAGAGGCGCUUCUUGAGUAAUUAUGAAUUUACUUAGUGUGCGUACGGCUGGUAGGAACUAAUUAAAGAGGUCGUUUUUAGAUUAAUUAUUAUAAUUACAUGUCAAACAGAAUUUUAAUCAUCAUCAUCACUAUUUUCAUUUAUUACAACAUUGAUUGCAUCAUUUGAAAAUAUUUUCGACAGAAUUUCAGCAGGACGUAAAAUGCGAGAUAGAUAUCUCGCAUGAGCUAAAUAAUAUAAUUAUUACACUUGCGAUAUAUGAAAAUCGACUUGCGAAAAUCGUAUUUUGGGCAAAAGAAAACCCAUUUAUGCAAACCGUUUACAAUCUGUACUACGAACGGGUUUAUAGUUGAUUUUGCUGGGCCAAUUUAUGGUACGGAAAAUGAUGCCACAAUUAUGAAGAAAGUGCUACAGGAUGCUAAACUUAAAACUCUAGUUCGUAGUACAAAUUGUAAACGGUUUGCAUAAAUGGGUUUUCUUUUGCCCAAAAUACGAUUUUCGCAAGUCGAUUUUCAUAUGUCGCAAGUGUAAUAAUUAUAUUACUUAGCUCAUGCGAGAUAUCUGAUCUAUCUCGCAUUUUACGUCCUGCUGAAAUUCUGUCGAAAAUAUUUUCAAAUGAUGCAGUCAAUGUUGUAAUAAAUGAAAAUAGUGAUGAUGAUGAUUAAAAUUAUGUUUAACAUGUAAUUAUAAUAAUUAAUCUAAAAACGACCUCUUUAAUUAGUUCCUACCAGCCGUACGCACACUAAGUAAAUUCAUAAUUACUCAAGAAGCGCCUCUUUGAUUUUGAUCAGUUUUUGUGUGGUGUAAGUAUAUAAAUCAAAGAGUAUUAUAUAUUUUUUUUGGCGCGGUAAACAUAAUAGAACAGUACUAAAAAAAUAUAUUUAUAUUUUGUUUAAUUAUUUUGCACAGUUGUCAUUUCACCAGAACUCUGAAAAAAAUACAGAAUGUUUUUCAAAGUAUCUCUAAUUAUACGCAAUUGGUCCCAUCCUUCUAGCUUUUAUAGUUUUUCGGAAAAAAAAAUUUGAAAAAACUCGGCGCGCGUACGAACUUUCUCGAAUAUCUCAAAGACAGGUCAAGGUCAGGGGUCAACGACCUUACAUUUCGUAUUCUUUUAGAGUGCCAAUACCAGUACAAAUGAUAAUUCCGUCAUGGGCCAUGGGGGCCAUUUCGUCUUCCUUACCUCGCUAUACCCUUUUAAGAAACUUAUUCGAAAUAGUCUCUCAACCGCUGAAAUCUUAAACGUCGUGUGAUAUCUUUACAAUUAAUGUGUAUUGUUUAUUUAUUUAUUUAUAUUUUCCUAAGCUUCUACUCCAUACAUUAUAAUCAGUGUCUUCUGUCCUUUUAACUUAGUCUAAGUUGUCUUUAUUUUUUUACGCGUAAGUAUUAGAUCUUUGAUAUAUGAGUCAUCAAUUAGGCCAAAGUAAGAGCCCCAAUUUUAUAAACUUUUAUAUUUAUAUUUAAACUAACGAACGGUCCCUAAGGCAGCGUUUUGUGUAAGCGGAAUGUUGCAAGUGUGCACAUUUGUCUAUAAGGUUUAAUCUCUUUCAGUUUGACAAGUGUGAAUCCCAGUUAUGUAUUUUUUUCUUAUUGUAUUUUUAUAGGGAGUUACAAACACCACAUUGAAACUAUAGGCUAGUUUUCUAACUAGUGAAAUCAGUUACUUUUUACUAAAAGUCAAAACACGAAAUUACUAUGGAAUUUGUAUGAAAAAGCACACUUUGACGUCAUAGACAAACGUGAUAAAUUGUCAAAAUCAUUAUUACGUUUUUCUUGAUUACAAUUCAUAAAUAAGUCAAAUAGAAAAAAGAAAAUAUUUUUUUAAUGGACGAAUAAAGGAUUUGUCAUAGUAUUUCCAUGGCCUAAUGACAUUAGAAAUUUAAGAAAAAAAAACUCGCUUCACGCUCCGUUCUACUCAAAACGCAGUCUUAACUAUAAAGAUGUAAAUUUUAUUUUCGACCCUUUUAACCGCUUGUGUGACGCUCUUAAUUUAUUUAAAUAUAAUUUAAGUAGGAUGUAAUCAAAUCAUAAUGACAAAUUACGAAUUUAAUGUCACUAUCGGUGUACUAUCUUAAAAAUUAAUUUAUUUCAACUUUUGUGCCAAAUUUUCUUCCAGCUUUUUAUGUAUUUUAAACGAUUCUAUUGAUUGUUAUUUAUAAAAUAUUCUUUGUCAUUGAGAAGGAAGGAAGGUAAUCGUUAUAAUUCGUAGUAAUCUACAUUAGUAUACGAAGUAGACAAAAUAGUAUUGUUUAAUCAAACUCAUGGGCAUUCGAAUAUCCUAUAUUACUUUUAUCUACAGCAGAUGUAUAUGCAUACUCUGCCUAUUGUCGCGUCGUGUAUACCAUGGUACUGCUGUAGAAAAUCACACUUCAGUGUUGCUAUAAAGAGGAAAAAUAGCAAAUUUCUAAGCUAGAAAGUUUUCUAUAAAUUCCUAAAACAUAAAGUUCGUUUGCUCAUGAGCAAUGCUCAAAAUAUUUCUUGACUUCUCGUGGCACUUAUUUAAAGGGAAAAGCCUGCUGUUAGCCAAAUUUUACAAUGUUUUCCUAUCUGUCCUACCCUAUAUAUAAAGAGUAGAUUAGACAAAAUUGUGCUGAUGCCUCGAUAUUUGUGACGCUAAUAAUAAUAAUACAUUUUAGUAAAUGUUUUAAUUCGCUCAAAAUGAUAAUUUAAAAAGUAUUUGUUUAAAUUAUUAUUUUAAUUUCCGCGAGCUUAGGAACUAAUUAUAAAAACUUAAUAUGAUUAUUUUUUAAUUUAAAAUUAAUAUUUUUAUUUUUGCGUUUACAAGUACUGAGGCACAUAAAUUCGGACGUAAUUUUAAGAUAGACCUUAGAAGAAUAGUGUUUUGCACUGUGUGAGGGUGACGUAGAUUAUAACGUGCAUUUACGAAUAAUUCUCGAAUAAUUUUAUUUAUUUUGUACAUGCUCAUUUUAAAUUUUAUUUUCGUUGAUUUUUUUAAAUAUAUAUUUUUGUUUGUAUUUAAAAAUGAGAAGGAAGUUUAUUUUUGGGCAUUCUACACUUUUUACCAUGAAAUGCUGCACAUUCCUCUCUCAUACAUAUUUUUUAAAUGUAUUUUAUUGUAGCAACUGUUGAGGAUUUUAUAUUUUAAUUAAUUAGGGACAUAGCCAAUCUUGAGUUAACAUUUAAUUGUAGCAUUUUUGUUGAUGUUGCUUAUUACUGAAUUUUGUUGUUUUAUAGUUGUAAGGAACUGAAAAUAAAAUUAACACAAAAA